AUGAAGUACGUUCUAGUUUCUGGAGGUGUUAUCAGUGGCGUCGGAAAAGGGAUCAUUUACGUCUCGAGCAUAAAGAUCGAUCCUUACCUCAAUGUCGAUGCAGGAACGAUGAACCCGAAAGAGCACGGUGAAUGCUUUGUGCUCGACGACGGUGGCGAGGUAGAUCUUGACCUUGGAAAUUACGAACGGUACUUGAAUAUCAACCUCACUCGUGAGAACAACAUCACGACCGGAAAAAUCUACAAGCAUGUUAUCGAGCGUGAGAGGAGGGGCGACUAUCUAGGCCGGACAGUUCAGGUGGUUCCACACAUCACGGAUGCGAUACUCGAGUGGAUCGAGAGGGUCAGUCGCAUAUCGGUAGAUGACACAAAGGAAGAACCAGACGUUUGUGUGAUCGAGCUUGGUGGUACGGUGGGCGACAUUGAGAGCAUGCCUUUUGUGGAGGCAUUGACACAGCUACGAUCGCGUGCUGGCCGCGGAAAUUUCGCACAGAUCCAUGUAUCCUACGUGCCGGUAAUCAAUGGCGAACAAAAGACCAAGCCCACGCAGCAUGCGGUCAGAGCUGUGCGCAGCGCGGGUCUUAUUCCAGACCUGAUCGCAUGUCGCUGUGAGAAGCCCUUGGAACCCUCUGCGUUGCAGAAAAUUGCCCGAGCCUGCCAAGUCGAUGUCGAGCAGAUUUUGGCCGUGCGAGACAUGCCCUCCAUUUACCAAGUCCCCGUGCUCUUAGAAGAACAAGGCUUAAUUACCGUUUUGCGAGACUUCUUAAAGUUGGGACCUGUUGAGGUCAGCCCAUCCAUGGUCCAAAAAGGGAAGCACAUCUGGAGCCAGUGGAAGAGUUUAACCAUGCCAAACCAGCAAUUCUACGAUCUUGUAGAGAUUGCCAUGGUUGGAAAAUACGUCGAGUUUCAAGACUCGUACCUCAGUGUUAUCAAAGCCUUGGAACAUUCUGCCAUGCGAUGCCGUCGGAAAUUGGUCAUCAAGUGGGUCGAUUCGGAACAGCUUGAGUCCCACUACCGCGACAGCGAUCCAGCAAAAUAUCAUAAAGCAUGGCACGAUGUCUGUACAGCAGACGGUGUACUUGUUCCUGGUGGCUUCGGCACCCGUGGUACUGAGGGUAUGGUUUUGGCAGCAAAUUGGGCUCGAGAAAAUAAACGACCAUAUCUGGGCAUUUGUCUAGGCAUGCAAAUCGCAGUGAUCGAGUACGCAAGAAACGUCUGCGGUAUGACUAACGCGACGUCCGAAGAGUUUCAAAAAGAAGGCCCUGACGAUCACGUAAUUAUCUUCAUGCCUGAAAUCGACAAAACGACCAUGGGCGGGACCAUGCGACUCGGUCGACGCGCAACGCAUUUCCAGCCAGGCUCAGAAUGGAGCAAGCUUCGAGCUCUAUACGGUGGUCACGACAGCGUCGAUGAGCGGCACAGGCACAGAUAUGAAGUUAAUCCCAAGUAUAUCGACCGCUUGGAGGAAGCUGGUCUCACAUUUAUCGGCAAGGACGACCAGAACGUGCGUAUGGAAAUCGUGGAGCUGAAGGACCAUCCAUACUACGUGGGGGUGCAAUACCACCCAGAGUUUUUGAGCAAGGUCCUUGAUCCAAGCAAACCGUUGCUUGGUCUGGUCGCAGCGAGCUCCGGGAUCUUGGAAGAGAUUACAAGACAGCAGAAUAUGCUUGUGAAAGGAAAAUCGUUAGCUAAUGGCGUGAAUGGCGUCAAUGGCGUCAAUGGGACACACGACUUCUGA